ACUAUACGCUCCGUACUCCCACCACUACUCCCUGCACAUUCAGCUGGUCCCUUCCUCUGUCCCCCGCGACCCUAUCCUAUCCUAUCCUAUCCUACCCUAAUCUAUAAUCUUGUUGUCACUACACUAGCGUCACCAUGGGUUCCUACAGUACCUCAUCCUCCUGUCAGCGUGGUCCGACAUCCGGCGGGAGUUCAAGUUCGACCAACAGCGAUGUUUCGGACCGCUCGAAAAGCACGGUCCCUACGAUCUACAGCGAUCGACCCACCCCCAUGACGGGAAUAACAAUGGUUUUUGACGGGGAAGAAGACCCCAAAGCCUCGGUUACGACCUACACUUCUACCAACCCUUCCGUGGAUGAUCUUCCCGAACCACCGCGCUACCAAGUAACCGACCGUAAAUUGGAUAUUUUCUCCCCGGAUGUCAUUCCGUCAAAUCCGUCCACUUUUGGACAAUUGUUUCCCUCCUCACGGCGACUUCUAGUCCGACAUGAUGAUGCGACACUUGAUGGCAACAUGAAUUUGCGGGUCGAUACCAUGGUUCCGCAGCGCGGGGGGUACCAACAGGAUGUGACUUUGUUUCAUCUUCGCAUGUAUGAUUUGUUCUCGCGGAAAUUUUCAUUCCGUCGCUACAGUCGCGACUCUGGACGAGAAGUGUGCCAUUCGGAAAGGAGGCCGUUGGCAGGCUCUGACAGGCAACCUAUGUUCCGAAGGUCGUGGAGUAGUGUCCUAGCCAGCUUGCGGCCUGGGUCAAGUGGACACGGAGCUGUACCUGUCGCGGAACAUAAACGCCAGGAUCCAGGAUACAAGUUAGCGGAAGACAACGAUGAAGAUUGGGAUGUGAAGCAUAUAGAGACCAGGCCUGGUAUUGAUCGCCUUCAAUCGGCCCUGGCCGAGAGCACGUUGUUGGAGUUUUCCAACUACGCGCAUGUAGAGCUGAGGCGACGGGGUGCCGGGCAAUCGAAACGAUAUGACUUUGAGUAUUGGUCCACGAGAUACCAAUGGAGACGUGAGUGCCGGAAAGACGGCGACCUGCGGGAACUGUCGUAUCAUCUGAUCAAUAUGCGCACCUCCAAGCCAGUUGCUCAUAUUGUGCCCGAAAUUCUCACCCCCAUGGAAGCUAUUGAGGAGGAGCGCAAGGGCGGAUGGGUUUCCCCUUCAUCCAUGUGGAUCAGUGAUCCGGCCGUGUACGAGAAGAUGCCUGACGUUGCCGACGUGAUUGUAGCCACAGGGUUAGUGGCGCUAGUUGAUGAUUGCAUCCGCCGGAAAUGGCAUUCGAAAAAGCACUCCCCACGCAUCCAUCCCGUGCGAUCAACACUUUCGAAAAGUCUUGAGCUCAUGGGUCCUAGGAGAUUUCUUGAUGAGGUGUUCCAUCGACGGGGGUCAGCCUGAGCUGAAGUCUGGGACGAGGUGGAUGGUGCCAUGACGUGGUGGCCUUUCAUUCGGAUGUUCGCGUCGGCUUCUCCCCUGGAACGAAUCUAAUGAGCCUAAUGAAACCCUGCUCCUUGCGUUCCUCUUGCAUAUUGGUGGGCUGACAAGGUGCUUUUGUCGCCAGGAGGAUGGACGCGUUGGGCGGCGGCCGGAAGUCCAGUCCGGCCUGCUGUCUAUCUGUCUAUCUGUCUAGG